AUGACUUAACGAGCUCAUGAAUAAUUCAUGAACACGUGUACACAUUUGACAUGGCAAAUCCAGAGAAGCAUGAUUUAUCGAGAGCAGUAGCUGAAAUGAAGUUCAUGAAGAGACACUCCACAGAUCAGAUAGACUUUGAUUCUGGUGGACCAUUAACUGAUAAGUGGGUCGUAAAGGAUCCUCCUAAGAAACCCUCCGCUCCACCAAAGAUUCAUACCGUAGACACUUCCUAUGUCAAAUUUGAAGAACUUAACGAGCUUGGACGAUUCUCAUUCAAUUCUUAUAAUAAAGAUGUUGAGCGUCUUAUGGUUGAAUACAGAAGAAAAUGUGGAGAUGAGAGUGAUGGUGAGCUAAUGGAGGAAGAUGAGAGAGAGGUUUCAGUUAAAGCUCUUGAGGUUGCAAAAAGAUUCAAGGAUAUGAAAGUACUUGGGAAGAGAAGACGAAAAUGAUCACUAGCUAAUUUCUGGACGAUAUAACGGAAAGAUUUAUUUUUUAUUUGUCAUAACCUCCCUUUAACUGAUGAUAUUCAAUUUGAUAUUGACUAUAGUAGUAAAAAUAAAGAAACAGGUAACAUGAUACUUAUAUUAUUAUGUUAUGACAAUAAAUAAUCAUAUUAGAUAUGUUUUUAGAAUUGCUAUCUAUUCAUUACA